CUAUAGGAUGAAAAUGCGACGUCACAGAGUGUUCUUGCUGUGCACAGUGGGCCUGUGUGUCAUCUCCUUCCUCCACUAUUACAAGGCCCUACACUACGUAUCCCUGCUCAAGGAGCUGUCGGCCCCGUACCCCAACAUCAAGUCCUUCAUCAUGGUGACAGGCUUCUUCUGGAGGGAGGGGGGGGCCACACCGUUAACGUCGGCUGCCUCGUCGUCUGACUUCGCCGCCUCGCAGGAGGAAGGACCCCCGCCCGCCCUCAGGCCCUCGGACACCAAGCCCCGGAUAGUAGGGGCUAUUGGCCCUGGGGGUGGAGGAGGAGGUGGGGUGGAGAUGAGGCUGAGAGAGGAACCUGCUGCGCCCCAACCAUGGGGUCAACCAGAGGAGGAGCCCAGACACAGGGACACGGAUCCCAACGAGGAGCGUGAAGGUGAGGACCUCCACUUCAAGCCCUGGUACCCCAGCCACCCAGCCCACCCUGUCAGACCUUACGCCCCAGAGGAAAGGGCCUCGGCUGGGAUCGAUGACCAGGUGGUGCCUUCCAAGGCUCCAUCCCCGGACCCCUUAGAAACCCUGGGCGACAUCCACACCCGCACCCACCAGCUCCAGGACGACCCCACCUCCUACUUCGUCCGCACUAAAGCCGGAGCCCUCUGCUUCCGCCAGGGGACGGAGGUCGCCACCCCCAGGGAUGACGCGGCACGGCCCGGGGGGCCUACUGUGACUGGUACUGGGUUAGGAUCUCGAGCAGGCUCCCCUGGGCAACGUAAGCCCCUGGUGGUCCUGAACCAAUCCCACCAACAACCACUCCAUCCGUCGUCCUCCGGCACCUCCAUGCCUCCCAAGGCCAAAUCAAGAGGACGAGGAGGCAAACGACUGGUAAAAUGUGUGUGUCGGCCGGGGUGGCACGGGCCCUACUGUGGGGUACCUACCAUGGUCUACCACUCUAACCUGCCCACUAAGGAGAGACUGACGCCCAGAGAGAGACCCAGGAGGGUGAUCAAUGCCAUCAACGUGAACCAUGAGUUUGAUCUUCUCCACGUGAGGUUCCACGAGUUGGCCCAGGCUGUGGAUCUGUUCCUGGUGUGUGAGUCUAACUUCACCGCCUACGGAGAGAGACGACCACUACGGUUCCUGCGUCUCCUCCUGAACGGAACCUACGACUACGUGCGCCACAAAAUCCUCUACGUUUUCCUAGACCACUUUCCCGACGGCGGGCGCCAGGACGGCUGGAUCGCAGAUGACUACCUCCGUACCUACCUGACCCGCGACGGCAUGGCCAGGGUGACCGGAUCACGCCCCGACGACGUCUUCGUCAUCAACGAUGCCGACGAGAUCCCCGCCCGUGAGGGACUUCUUUUCCUCAAGCUGUUCGACGGGUGGACGGAACCGUUCGCCAUCCACAUGAGGAAGUCGCUCUACGGGUUCUUCUGGAAGCAGGUAGCCUAGAGGAUUAGAGAUCACAGGGGCGGGCUUGUUAACAGAAGGUUGCUGGUUCGAAUCCCAAACCAGGCCUAAAAAAAAAUCAAUCCCGUGUGAACUUGAUGGGUAAUCAAGUUUUUUAAUCGUAUCUAUUCGAACAGGAUUUGAGCCGACGACUUGACGGUUGUUAGUGACAGAUUCUAGAAAGAUAAGAUCUCUAUUGGAUUCCACUCAAACGAUAUACAGUGCCUGUUAAGUGCUAUGGUUGGCUAUUAGGAUCACUUAACCCACUAAAACUGCUUACUGGUGUGUGUAUGUGUGUAUAUAUCGGAGGGGUUGUGUGUACCGUGCAUUCGGAAAGUAUUCAGACUCCUUUACUUUUUCCACACUACUACCUUAUUCUAUAAUGUUCCUUGUCAAUCUACACACAAUACCAAAUAAUGACCAAGCAAAAACUGUUUUUAUUUUUUAUUUGAGCAAAUCUAUCAAAGAAAAUAAACUGAAAUGUGACAUUUACACAAGUAUUCAUACCCUUUAAUCAGUACUUUGCUGAAGCACCUUUGGCAGCGAUUACAGCCUCGAGUCUUAUUGGGUAU